GGAGGCGGUUCUUCCGGGUCAAGCUUGCAAGCUCCUUUCUGUAACUCAGCAGUCAUGAGAGUUUCUGUGUGAUGUGUUAUGCGUGACUCUACUGGGUGUUGUGAGAGGAGGUUAGUCAAGCUCAGAACUCCAAACAUGGAUUUACUCACCUAUGAUGACGUGCAUGUGAACUUCACUCAGGAAGAGUGGGCUUUGCUGGAUGCUUCUCAGAAGAGUCUCUACAAAGGUGUGAUGGUAGAGACCUAUAGGAAUCUCACAGCUAUAGGUUACAGUUGGGAAGAACAUACAAUUGAAGACCAUUUCCAAACUUCUAGAAGUCUUGGAAGGCAUGAAAGACGUUCUUCUGCAGAGCAACACUCUGAGUUUAUUCCAUGUGGUAAAGCCUUUGCAUAUCAGAGUCGUAGUCAAAGGCAUGUAAGAAUACACAAUGGAGAGAAACACUAUGAGUGUAACCAAUGUGGUAAAGACUUUGGAACAAGGAGUGUCCUCCAAAGACUUAAACGAACACAUUCAGGAGAGAAUCCCUAUGAAUGUAACCACUGUGGUAAAGCCUUUGCAGAAAGCAGUACUCUCCAAAUCCAUAAGCGAAAACAUACAGGAGAGAAACCAUAUGAAUGUAACCACUGUGUUAAAGCCUUUGCAAAAAUGAGUGAACUCCAAAUACAUAAACGAAUACAUACAGGAGAGAAACCCUAUGAAUGUAAGCAAUGUGGUAAAGCCUUUACACAAAGCAGUCAUCUCGGAAUCCAUAAGCAAACACAUACAGGAGAGAAACCCUAUGAAUGUAAACAAUGUGGUAAAGCCUUUGCACGAAGCAGUACUCUCCAAACCCAUAAGCAAACACAUACAGGAGAGAAACCCUAUGAAUGUAAACAAUGUGAUAAAGCUUUUGUAAGAAGGGGAGAACUCCAAAUCCAUAAGGGAACACAUACAGGAGAGAAACCCUAUGAAUGUAAGCAAUGUGGUAAAGCCUUUGCACAAAGCGGUACUCUCCAAAUCCAUAAGCGAACACAUACAGGAGAGAAACCCUAUUAAUGUAAGCAAUGUGGUAAAGCCUUUGCACAAAGCGGUACUCUCCAAAUCCAUAAGCGAACACAUACUGGAGAGAAACCCUGUGAAUGUAAGCAAUGUGGUAAAGCCUUUGCACAUAGCAGUACUCUCCAAAUCCAUAAGCGAACACAUACAGGAGAGAAACCCUAUGAAUGUAAACAGUGUGAUAAAGCUUUUGUAAAAAGGGGAGAACUCCAAAUCCAUAAGCGAACACAUACAGGAGAGAAACCCUAUGAAUGUAAACAAUGUGGUAAAGCCUUUGCACAAAGUGGUACUCUCCAAGUA